AGAUUGAGAAACCUUUCUGCCGAGUUGAUGGCAGAGACCUUGAGAAUACGAGACAGUCAGGAUGAUGGGUCAGUUGAAAGCCGUGACGACAUCCCUCUCAAAGAAUCCAUAGAUGAUGAGGAACUUCAUGAGAGGCAAGACUAUCCGUCAACAUUACAACUGAUACCUAUUCUGGUUGGCUUAUGUCUUCAGUCAAUAUGUAUCGCCUUGGACAACACAAUUCUAUCCACCGCAAUUCCGAAAAUCACUGAGCAGUUUAACUCCUUGGAAGAUCUUUCUUGGUAUGCAAGCGCCUAUCUUCUCACAACGUGCGCAGUCACUCUUCCCUUCGGCAGAAUAUAUACAUUCUAUUCAACAAAAUGGACAUAUAUGAUAGCCCUAGCGUUGUUUGAGAUCGGUUCGUUAAUAUGUGCGGCAACACCAACAUCAAAGGGGUUAAUUCUGGGAAGGGCAAUAGCCGGCAUCGGAUCUGGGGGAAUGUCGCCCGGUGCUCUGCUUGUCCUGGCUAAUAGCGUUCCACUACAUCGCCGGGCACUCCAUUUCGGGAUCAUAGGUAGCGCAAGCGGGAUUGCGACUAUUACGGGGCCAGUGUUGGGUGGAUUAUUGACUGAUCGGGUUACCUGGCGAUGGUGUUUCUGGCUGAACCUGCCGCUCGGUGCUGUCACGGCGCUCUUCAUCGCCAUGUUUUUCAAAGACCCAAGAAAACGGCCAAAAAUCGGGCCCGAGCCUGGGCACCUGAACAAGAUCAAACAGAUGGAUCCGCUUGGAAUCGCUGCCUUCGUACCCGCUAUAAUAUCGCUACUACUGACGCUUCAAUGGGGAGGCACCAAGUACGACUGGACGAACCCGCGGAUCAUUGCCCUUUUCAUUCUUUUCGCGGUAUUCGGAACACUCUGGUGCUCUAUACAACUCUGGAAGCAAGACGAAGCUACUGUCCCACCUCGUCUACUUAAGGAUCGCGAUGUACUAGGAGCCGUGAUACAUGCAAUGUUUCUGGGAGGUUCCUUCUUUGUCUUUGGUUACUAUCUUCCAAUAUGGUUCCAAGCUAUUCAGCAAGUUUCAGCCGCAGAGUCGGGAGUCAACAAUCUCCCUAUGGUCGUGACGAUGAUCGUGUGCUCUGCACUUGGGGGAUUCCUUGUCAAUCUCCUAGGGUACUACACGCCACUCAUGUUACUUGGAAGUGCACUUCUCACUAUUGGCUAUGGUCUUUGCACGACAUUUGAAGUGCAUACAGACCGCAGUAUUUGGGUUGGAUACGAGGUCAUCAUUGGAGUGGGAGCGGGGGUCGGGUUCCAACAGUGCUACAAUGCUCUUCAAACCGUCCUUCCAAUGAAAGAUAUUCCCAUCGGCAUUGCUAUUGUCACGUUCUCGCAGAGCCUCAGUGGUGCUCUUUUUAUUUCCAUUGCACAGAAUGUCUUCCAGAACCGUUUGGUUGAGAACUUGGCUCACUAUGCUCCGACGCUUGACCCCAUGGUCAUUAUUCGGGGAGGUGCAGCGAAUUUGGCAGAUCGGGUCCCACUGAAUCUCCGAUCUGUACUUUUUGCGUAUAACAUUGCGGUCACUCAAACCAUUUAUGUGUCAGUGGGCACAGCCGCACUAUCAUUCCUUGGGGCAGGCCUUGUGGAAUGGAAAUCAAUGCGAAAGCCACAGGGUUGUGAGGAGGUAAAGGACUCACCCUGA